AACAAAAGACCUCUUUCUUCAGGGGACUUGAGAAAUCACCAUGUGUAGGCUCUUUCUGAAGAGCAGCUGAACCCAAGUACAGAAGGCUUGUACCUAGGUACAGAGUAAUGUGUGAAUACCCCCAGAGAGAGAAGUGAUUUGAGAUUUUUUAGAAAAGAGAUGUUUUAAUAAGUAGGCCAGCAGAGUGAAGAGUACAGAAAGUAGCAACAGAUCUGGGGGAAAACUGCAGCAGCCAGGCUUUCCUCCAGCUACAAGCAUAGGUGAAACGUGGGUGGGAAGAUACUGACAACAUGGAGGUGAAGGCAAGAGACAGUGGUUUGCAUCCAGAAGUCAACAGGGUUACUUUUUGCUCACAUAAAGGUUCUCCCCACAGCCUCAGUUUCUGUCUUCCAACAACUGCCUCCUGAAAAGCUGCCUAAAAGUAAGGCAGCAGUCCAGAGAAGAACUUGUGUGGUGCAUAGGACAGCGGCAGGAAGGCAAAAUAAAUCCUUCCUUUCCCAAUGUAUAUGGAAGCAAUUUGUGUGUCUGUGUGUGCACAAGGCGUCUCUGCAUCCAAGCCACUGGCUGCAAUUUGAUGACAAAAUCAGGUCAUGCUGGCUGCUUCUUACUGGUCACUCCUUGCACCUGCCAUUGAACUGGCUGAGGACUCUGGGAAAUUUGGGGCCUUUGCAUUCUUCCCUGUAGCUGUUGGCUUCACUCUGGGGGCUGCAUUUGUGUACUCUGCCGACCUCCUUCUCCCUUGGCUGGGUAUCAAUGAGCCUCCCUACACAGCACUGGCUUUGAGCUAUGAUUCGAGAGUGGUGAAGGAGAAAUAUGAGCACCAGCCCAUGCGUCACCAGGAGUAUGAAAAUGAGCUGUCCAUCCGGAUAGGUAGAACAGCUCUACUUUCAGAUAAAGGUGAAAAUGGGGAACCCUAUCAGAGGAAGAAAGGUGCUGGAGGCAACCAACCAGAUGUUCCUGCUCCAUUCCCAAAUCUCAAAGAGAGCACUUCAGGGCCAGCAAGCAAUAGCUGGAGGCGGAUCAUGCUGCUCAUCUUAGCAAUAACCAUACACAAUAUUCCUGAGGGCUUGGCUGUUGGCGUUGGAUUUGGUGCUGUUGAGAAGUCAGCAUCUACAACCUUUGAAAGUGCCAGGAAUUUAGCAAUCGGGAUAGGAAUUCAAAAUUUUCCAGAAGGGCUCGCUGUCAGCCUUCCCUUGCGUGGGGCUGGAUUUUCAACAUGGAGAGCAUUUUGGUAUGGGCAAUUAAGUGGCAUGGUGGAGCCAUUUGCUGGCAUCUUUGGGGCCUUUGCCAUGGUGUUAGCAGAGCCUCUUCUGCCCUAUGCCUUGUCUUUUGCUGCUGGGGCAAUGGUGUAUGUGGUGAUGGAUGAUAUCAUCCCAGAAGCACAGAUCAGUGGCAAUGGGAAGCUGGCUUCCUGGACUUCCAUCUUAGGAUUUGUGGUCAUGAUGUCCCUAGAUGUUGGACUUGGAUAACAUGAGACACCAGUUUUCCCCAUCUUUAACCUUUAGAAUAUGUCAGUCUGGACAAAAAUGCACAGCAGAAGCUGGAAUGGGAAUGUUGUGUUUUGCGUAAUCAUACUGAUCAGGGUUGAUUUUUAUUUGCCUUUAAUUAUAUGGAAAACUUUGCCAUAAUGUUAUAUGGAUGGUUUUAGAAAACGCAGGAAGGUCCUUCCUCUGUUUUUUCACUUGCCACACAUUUAUUUCUUUUUUAUCAGGGAUGUUGGUGUGAAAUAUAUUGAUGAAGCUG